CAUGGGUAUCUGAAAAGAUAAAGGAUCACAAAUUAGAAAAUAAAUUAUUUGCAGCAUGCGAACAAUACAUGUUUGAAUUAGACUUUAACUUUCUUAAUAAAUCUAAAGAAACAACCAAAUCUGUCACCAAAGAAACAACUAAAUUUGUCAAUAUUCUACCUACUUAUUACGGAUCUGAUAGUGGAAUUCUUUCACCUAAUAAUGCGUAUCUCAAUUUAGAAUUAAUUGUUGUUAGGGACAUAGUAUAUUCAAAAAUUUCAAGUACCCUUAGCACACAAAUUCUUCACAAUCCAAAAACUUAA